AAUUAGGGCGAAAGCGUUUUUUCGCAAACCCUAAUUUCCGUUUCCUUAUAGAAAUUUCAUUUUUUGUUUUGUUUUGAAAUUUUCUUUUUUGUGGGUUCGCGCGGAGAAGAGGAAGCCACUGGAGUUUAAUUUUCCCGCCUUCUGUUCUUCUUCUUCUUCUCUUGUUGAAUUAUUUGUUCUGCUGUGGGAAUUAAUUCUGGCCGGAGCUUCACCGGAACUCUGUUAGGGACGUUGUUGGGGGUGUUGGUAGGUGUUUCAUGGCAUCGGCUGUUCUAGCGAAUCGAAACAACGAACCCAGUUGGCCGGCGAGCAAACGCAACGGCGGUGGAGGAGGAGAGUUUAUGGCAAGAGUUCCGUUCUCGAACCCUAAAUCUAAACCUAAUUUGAAAAAGAGGCAAAUUAAUGGGGAAAUUAACAACUUUCAGAUGGGUGAACUGGCGAACGUAUCAACUCUGUCUCCCUCGGAUGACGCGUCUUUCAUCGAUCGUCAACGUGGAUCUUCGAACACUGGCGAGUACAACCAAUAUGUGAGUUUCAGUGUGGCUUCGUGUUCUGGGAAGGAUUUGGUUGAGCUCAAGAGACGGUUAGUGGCCGAGCUUGAGCAAGUGAGGCGAAUCAAGAAUCGCAUUGAAUCUGGUGGCAUUGGUCUUGGCCGUAAUCAUCAUUUGAAGAAAUCUUCCAAGACGAAGGGGAUUAAGCGGGCUCGGCCGCAGCUGCAGCCGCCUACUUUUGGAACCUUGGAUUCGUCGGACGUUGGAAAUCUAAUGAAGACGUGCUCUCAAAUAUUGAACAAGUUGAUGAAGCAGAAGUUCGGGAUGAUCUUCAACAAGCCGGUGGAUGUGAUUGGGCUGGGUCUCCAUGACUACUAUGAUAUUGUUAAGCAUCCUAUGGAUUUAGGGACUGUGAAAUCUAAAUUGGCAAAGAAUUCUUAUGAAUCACCCCUGGAUUUUGCCGAUGAUGUUAGGUUAACAUUUAACAAUGCCAUGAUUUACAAUCCCAAGGGUCAUGAUAUCCACAUCCUGGCCGAGCAGUGGUUGGGGAAAUUUGAGGAAUUGUUCCGCCCUGUUAGUGAGAAGUUGGAUGGACUGAAGCAGCAGCCAGAUCUGUUUGAAGAAGAAUUGCAAGCCAGUUCUUGGAAUGAUAUAGAGAUGGAGAAGAAGCAGGAUAGUAAGGAGAACUUCAACUCAAAUGGGGACAACAAAUCAGAAGAAGUAAGAGUGCCAUCAAGCUCAUCGAAGCCACCUUCGAUACAGUCACCAGUUAGAACCCCGUCACCGGUGCGGGCCCCUCUGGUAAAGCCUGUGAGGCAGCCGAAGCCGAAGGCAAAGGAUCCCAACAAACGGGAGAUGAGUUUGGAGGAGAAACACAGAUUGGGAGUUGGAUUGCAGGGUUUGCCUCCUGAGAAAAUGGAUCAGGUCAUACAGAUUGUGAAGAGGAGGAGCGGACAAUUGAGGCAGGAUGGGGAUGAAAUUGAGCUCGACAUUGAGGCAGUAGAUACCGAGACCCUCUGGGAACUGGACCGGCUGGUGACCAAUUGGAAGAAAAUGAUGAGCAAGGUCAAGCGGCAACCUUUCUUCAAUAACAAUGCAAAUGCCGAUUCGAGUAAAGCGAAUGAGACAUCAUCUGCAAAUGAGAUAAAUGAGGUUAAAACAGAGGCGAAGAAGGCAAGAAAAGGGGACGUGGGUGAGGAAGAUGUGGACAUUGGGGAUGAGAUGAUGCCAAUGGGUGGUUUCCCUCCCGUAGUAAUUGACAGAGACGCAGCUGCUCAUGCUAGUAGUAGUUCUGAAAGCUCAAGUAGUUCUGGGAGUGAUGAUUCUUCCUCGUCCAGUGGUUCAGAUUCAGAAGGGAGCUCUUCCGACAGUGAUUCAGAUGGCGAUGGCCAAUCAUAGGUGUGGGCAUUUUCAUUGGAUAGAAACUACUCAAACGUGGAGCUAACAGCUUUCUGAACAGGGGCCUUCAGUUAAACUAAAUUCUGAGACGUGAAUUGUGGCUGCUGAUGAAAAAGAGAGGAUUUUGGAACUUUGGACCUUUUCACUUUGCGUGUCAUUCCUUGAUCGAGGAAGGAGCUUUCAUGUGAGAAAAGGAUAGUAGAACAAAGGAAAAGAAAUUGUAGAUAUCACGAGCUUAGAUGGAGAGAGAUUCUGUGGAAGGAAACCAGUUUUCUUUUUUGUUUGUUUUUUUUUCCUCUUUUUCUUAGAAGGUUUCUUGUACAUAAACAAACACAUUUGUUGAUUUCCCAGAUUGUAUAUAUCUCCUGUUUUUUGAGGUGAACUGGAAUUUUUUGUGUUUAUACAAAGGAAGGAAACACAAGAAGAUAUGUUUCUCUACUGGUCAGUCAAAACAUGUAAUUUAAGGAAUGAUUUUAUAGGUUUUUGAAUCUGAUAGUGUUGGAAUUUGAAAAUAGGAUCCCAAGGUGGGUUGGUUUCAGUUUUCAA